CGCCGUUCUGUCUGCUCCAUACCCCACCGAGCCGAAUGGUCUUAUCCAAUCCCUCGCUGGCCAAUUCCCAAUCUUCUAUCGGCAUUGAACUUCACCGGGAAAUUCCUCUGGCGCAUCCUAUCCGUACAAACCACAAGCAAACGCCGACGACGACGAAGAACCUCUUUCCUCCCGCCGAUAGACUGACCAAUUUUUCCUUACCUUUCCCAAUCCUACAGACAAACACGAGAACUCGAGUCAAAAUGCAUCCUCACCUGCACACCAAGGACAACUUCGAGUGCGAAGACAUCAUGGUCGCCCUCGAAGAGUGCCACGCAAAGGGCUUCAUGUUCAAGUCCCUCGGCGGCUGCAACGACGCAAAGGAUAAAGUCAGCGAGUGCCUCCGCGGCGCGCGCGCGAGGCGCACCGAGGCGAACCGGGCCGCUGCGAGGGCGAAGAGGGAGGAGCGCGAGAACCGGAUAAAGGAGCUGAACAAGUCGCUCGGUCUCGAUUAGAUCUACGGGGAACAGUGAUCCUUGAAGCGAACGACACGAACGAACCUCUCUGGUCUGCCGGCCGUCGAGACGAUGGGCCAGACCGGGCAUUGUAUUAUAUCACGAACACUCGCAACUACAUCCAUUUUUGGCGACGGCAUGGAGCGGGACGGAGGAAUACCAAAAUUACCAAAGGGUUUGGCGUCCUAUAAGGGAACAAAAGAUUGUACCAUGUACUGUAUCAAAAUCGGUCUGAACCAGCGGAGAGGAAAAAGACAGCAAGG